AUGGCAGUUGAACGCGCAAAAGCGGUCACCGCCUUGGCCAACCACGUGGAAGCGGUGGUGGACGAUAUGAAGCUGGGUUUGGAGGACUACAUCUCGAAGCACCUAGCCGCCGCACAGACCAACAUUGCCGCCGCGGUAACUCGCACCAUCGCCGUGCCGCCGCCGGCCACCCAGCAGUCGUUUUUUGCGUCCGGGUUAAAGCUCAUGACCGAGGUGAUCGGCAAUGUGGCGGCUGGUCGGCGUGGAUCGUCGCUGUCGGCCAAUGACGCCGAUCCCGCGCAACGAAGGGAGGCCGACAAGCAGGGCCAGAAAAGGGCGGGCGACGGAGAUGAUACGGGGAGCGUGAAGUGGAGAAAGGGAGCCGAUGGGAGCCGCGGCGUCGGCGCGGUAGGUCCAAGCGGCUCGCAGACUCGAGGUCAGAGCGUGGUUGACCAGCUCAAGAAGAACGAGGCCAAGGUGAUAAGGUCGCACAGCAAGGGAGAUGGAAUCGGGAGUGCAGAUGGGGGCCAUGCCGACGAGGUUGCCGCUCAAGACGCUGGACCAACAGCCUCGCCCCUGGUUGCCGAGAAGCCCCAUGGUCUAGCGAGCGGCGGGAAAGGCUUGAGCGACAAGGAGAUCCCAACCGCUCAAACUGCGAUAGAUGGUGGCGCCAGAACCGUCAAGGGACCGUCUGUCAGGGUGGCGGGGACCACGUCGAUUCUCCGAAAACCCCCUGCGACUAGCAGCGCGCCGGUCAGCCCAUCAGCCGUCAACAACGAUGGGCCGGCCCUUGCGGCUACUCCAGUUCCAGCAGGCCCGUCUGCCGCCAAGGGCGACGCGAAGGAUGCUGCGGCUAACCGCGACGGUCUGUCCGCCACUAAGGUGCCCGCAGCGGUGAACGCGCUCAGAAAAAUGCUCCACCGCAUGGAGGCCCAUCGCAAGGACGUGCAGCAGCCUCCCUUGCCGGAAGCCGGCUCAAGCGCGACGCCGACGUCGGUAAACAUGGCGGCGGAGAAGGGCGUGAGGGCAGCGCUAGCCACCGGCGGCGGAGCCGUUGACCCUGUACAGGCGUCGAAAGGCCACAACGACGCCGACAUCGCUGCCAUCCAGAACCUGUUGGAAGCGGUAAAACGCCCCAGGCACCCCGCUGCUCCGGCCAUCUCAGACACGGCGCAUGUGGAGCCCUCGGCGAGUCCUCCCUGUGGUUCAGCGGAGCCAAAGACGACCACUGAUGCUGUCGGCGAGGGAGAGUCGAAACGGAAGGGGAAGGCCGACACAGGGAAAAGGAGGGCGAGCUCUCAGAGGAAAACAUGGGCGAUGUUGGCCGAGACAAGGAGGGAGAAGGCGAAGGAGAAGUCGGUGGAGAAAGGGAAGGAGAAGGCAGAGGAGAAGGAGGAGAAGGAGAAGGAGAAGGCAGCAGAGAAGGAGAAGGAGAAGGUGGAGGCGGCGGAGAAGGAGAAGGAGAAGAAGGAGAAGGAGAAGGAGAAGGAGAAGGAGAAGGAGAAGGAGAAAGGACAGAAGGGUCAUGGCAUCCGCCACGACAACUCGGGCGAUGGUCUAGGGUGGGUGGGUGAGAUUAAGGUGCUCGGCGCUAAUCGAUACAUCGGCAAGUCGCGCGACAAGAUGGAGCUGGCGUACCUGCACUCGAUUGCGUACAUCGUCUACGACGGUUACGUCAGCAAGGUCAUCAUGGCCGAGCUCACCGGCUUGGAGGAAACCGAGUUGGAGAAGUGGAGGAAGGUGUGGGAGGAGGUCAAGAUUUUGCCGACAGGGAUGUGGACGGUGAUAUGGGCAUGGAGCGCGUACCUUCCAAAAACACGGUUCGAUGACAUUCUCGGCAAGUAUCGAGCGUACAAGAGCUCAGGCGAUGCGCACCACGACGCUCUCUUGCCGGCGAUCUGGUUCCCCGUCGAUGCCGUCACAAAGGAAGGCAAGGAGAAGUCGGAUGCUAUGAUGUCGGCUAUGAUAGUCGAGAACGACGACGCCCAGGUGGUAGAUGCUGUGGGCGAAGGGAAGGCGGCGGCGAUGGUGGUCAGUGCAAGCAAGAAGACCGCCGGUGUCUUCAAGGAGGACAUGCAGGCAGUGCUGGAGGCCGAGAUCGACAGGGAGCAAUCCCUCGGGGAGGUUGCGCACAACGUCGCACCGGCGCUGCAGAGUCUCGCUCUGCACCGGGUCUAUCCGGGGGUGAAUCAUGAAGUCGAAGCCGACGUGAUCGCUAGAGCGACGGUGGAGACCUUGGCGUUUUGGGGAAUGUGCCCCGUCGCCGGGCCGAAACUCGAAGAGAUCGGCAUCGCGGUGCCAUGUGACGCGCAGAUGGAGUACGAUAUUGAACACAGGGGGAGGAAGGGGCAGAGGGGCAAGCAGGGCAAGGACAGCACGGGGAAGAAGGGGAAGAAGGGCAGGAAGGGCAAGGACAGCACGGCGGCGUAG